CGAAAAUGGGAGCUUUCAGGUUUCACCAGUACCAGGUUGUCGGAAGAGCUCUUCCGACAGAGAAGGAUGUGCAACCUAAGAUCUACCGGAUGAAGCUUUGGGCCACGAACGAGGUUCGUGCCAAGUCCAAGUUCUGGUAUUUCUUGAGGAAGUUGAAGAAGGUUAAGAAGAGUAACGGUCAGAUGCUCGCCAUCAACGAGAUCUUUGAGAAGAACCCAACAACCAUCAAGAACUUUGGAAUCUGGCUGAGGUACCAGAGCAGAACUGGAUACCACAACAUGUACAAGGAGUUCCGUGACACUACCUUGAACGGAGCUGUUGAGCAGAUGUACACUGAGAUGGCAUCACGACACCGGGUCAGGUUCCCUUGCAUCCAGAUCAUUAAGACCGCCACUGUCCCUGCCAAACUUUGCAAGAGGGAGAGCACUAAGCAGUUCCACAACAGUAAGAUCAAGUUCCCAUUGGUGUUCCGCAAGGUCAGACCACCAAGCAGGAAGCUCAAGACUACCUACAAGGCCUCCAAGCCCAACUUGUUCAUGUGAAGGAGUCUCUGAUUGACGCUUGACAUAUCUUUUUGUUUGGGGAUAGAAUCUUGAUGAAGUUAUCUGCUGUUUUGUCUUUCUUUUCAUGGAUAUUUUUGUUAUAUCAACAUUUUAGUCGGAUUAUGGAACUAAACUCUACUUUGUCUGGAUUUUGCGGUUCUUGCUUAUAGACUUUGAACCUUAUUUCUUGAUAGCUAA